AUGGCCUUCAGAUUCGUUGUUCCCGACUCGAGCCCUCCCGCCAGUCCGGCACCGUCGACGCCGGAAAAAGGCCAGAACUAUGGUACGGGAUUCUCUUUUCUUGGCGAUAACCCCUCGACGACUCCAGCCGGGCCGCCACCCUCCUCGGUCGCUUCCUUCACGCCCGCUGGCGCGCCGACGGCCUCAUUCUUGGGGAGCUCCAUGAUGCACGGUAUGACCGACACCAAGCCCCUCAACUUUGGAGUCUCAAACACCGGGUCUGGAAGAAAUCUUUUUGGUGGUGGUCGAACGAGUACCUCAAGUAACCCGCUCGGUCGUUCGAUUAGAGGAAGACAGCCUUCAGCCCUGAGCCGCCAGCUCAGCGCCGCAGACGAGGAGGAAGAGGAGGAACAAGAUGCCGAGGGAGAAAUGGAGCUUCCGCCUCACCGGGGAAGCCUUUUCCGCAUGUCUACCAUUCCCGACGAAGGACAGGAGGAGGACGACGAAGUCGACGCCGAGAUUGAACGAUUUAUCGACCAAGACAUUGACGAGGAUGCCCUCGGAGAACCCCAAGACGACGACCCCUUUUUUGCGGAACGUGAGGGCUCCUCUGACCCCGACAUGUUUCUGAACAUGCGCCACGAUGAUCGACCUUAUGGGCAGCCGAUCAUUGGCGACGAGUCAGACCUGAUGAUGCUCAACACACCGGCCGCGACGAACCGAAUUCGUAGGGAGGCAGAGAGUAUCUUUAAGCAGUCUUCAGCCCAUCUGGGUAUGACGGCCAGAAAACAGGGCUUCCAAUUCGCUUCGAUUGCCAAGAACCUCUAUAGCCAGCAUGAACCUGCGCGAGUCGUCGAGCCUGCGGACCUGCUCAUCAACACCGAACAGCUCGUUUGCCGGCUCUACGAGGAGGGAGUCGGCCCCGAGGAAGAUGUCGAAAAGAUGGACAACUCUCUCGCCAAUAUCACAUACCGUCUGGUCGAGCUCUGGAACCAAUACGUUGACGCCCUACCCCAACCAGAAGGAGAAGACUUUGCGACAAUUGGCCCUGGACCAAACGCUGUUCCCUUUGAAAAGGCAUCAUAUAUCGCACAUCUAAUCCUUCGAAUGCACCACACCCGUUUUGACAGCAACACCGAUGACGAGAAGACGCCACCCUUGCCCGAGAUCCUUUUCGACUGGAUGCAGACCAGCCACAACCUCUACCCUGACCAAGUGCGCGAGAUCAGCCGCUAUAGCCCUAGUCCUGCCUGCCAUAGCCUGUUCUGGCAGACAGUAAGAUGCGCCCUGCUCCGCGGAGAUGUCGCUGGUGCGUCUAAGCUGCUGAGGGAGGCUGGUUGGGAGAAUGUUCGCCGUGGGCCCCGGGGCGAGCUGGCGUACACAGGCAAGGCCCUUGAGAACGUCAGACGGUUUGCUGCCGCUACUUGCGAGAUCCUCGAUCAAUGCCCUGCUACGAGAUCGGAAUGGGAUAUCUGGAAUAGCAACUGGACUUUGUUCCGAAUCCAGGCACGCGGUUCUCUGAACAGAAUGACGCUCUUUGCCGAAGGGAAGGACCAGACUGGCCAAGACCUACUGGAUGAUGAUUUCUCACCUCAACCACAAUCGCUGUCCACAAUGGCCCGGAAGGCUUCGAGCCAGAUCCCCUGGGACAUUUACGAAAACCUGCAAACUGUGUACGGCAUCGUGCUUGGAAACCACGAGGCGAUCAUGGAGGUUGCCCAGGAUUGGUGUGAAGCAACUGUUGGUCUGUUUGGAUGGUGGGAUGACGGCAAUCAACGCCACAAGACGCUCAAGAUCUCUCAGUCACAAGCCCUGCGAGCGUCGUCUCGAUUCGCGGGCUCAGAAGACUAUUUCGAGCGACUGACGACCACCUUCCACAUGGUCAUCGACUCGGAUCUUAACCCUAAUGUAAUGAACCCUGUCGAGGUGGCCAUUGCAUCUGCAUUUGAGGGCAACGUCAAUGCCGUCCUGGGAUUCCUUCGAGUAUGGUCUCUGCCCUUAGCCUGCACCGUGGCAGAGAUUGCCUCAUUGGGUGAAUGGCUUCCCGCUCCCGAGGGCCCAAGUCCUUUGCCUCUUGAUACUCUGGACAUGGAUGACCUUGCACUAUUGGGAGUGGCUCAGCCAGGGGCCGAUGAAUUGGAGGGGAUCAAGGAUACAACCCUCGUCCUGUACGCUAGGGAGCUGGCUGGCAUUGAGCAGCUGUCGCCUGAGCGCGACGGCUGGGAGAUGGCUAUCCAGGUUCUUGGUCGAAUGGACUCCCCUGAGAAAUCUGAGGAGACGGUUGGCGAGCUUCUUCGAGAUCUGCUCGCUACACUAGAUGAGGACUCGAGCCAGACGGUCGACAAGAUCUGGGCGAUAUUGAAUGACCUGGGCAUGAUCAACUAUGCCGAGGAAACAGCAGAGACUUUUGCAGAGAUUCUGUCCAAGGCAUCACACCGAUACGGUGACGCCCUUUGGUAUUAUGCGCUCUCUCACCGACCUGACAAGGUUCGCGAGGUGCUCAACCUGCUCAUGUCCUACUCGCUCGUUCAAUCCACAGUCUACCCUUCGGAGAAGGAUCUUGACGGAGAACUGAGGGACCUGCUGCGGAAGCGUACCGAGACCCUGGAGAGACGCGCCAAGCAGGACUUGGAGGCUGCUCAACUUCUUGGCCGGAUGCUGAGUGGCUACGCGACGCUGCGCAAAUUCUACGAAACCAGAGACGCGGAAGAUUUUGAAGCCAUUUCGCCCACGAGGGCUCUGAAGCUCAAGAAGCAAGCAGCGUCUGCACUGGUGGCUGUCAUUUCCAGCUCCGACGACAACAUCCGCGGCGGACUUUAUGACGACACCCGAGACUCGGUAGUAAGCGAGGACUUUUUGCUGGCCUUGCUCGGCGAGGCUACUGUCUUUAUCAACCAGUCGCCCGGAGUCAUCACACUGAGUCAGAUUGACAUUCUGAUGAAGGCGAUCGAGGAUAUCCAGACUGUCGGCGAACGAGUAUAUUCGGCAUGUGACGACUUCUUUGGCCUGGUACUGGCAUCUGCUCAGGGUCUGAAGGGAUCGAGCCCACAAGAUCUGAUGGCCAAAUCAACAUCGUCACUGAGCGGAAGCAGUUAUAUCAUGAGCGGUAGCUCCAUGCUGGUGAAUCAUCUGCACAAGUCGGUCUCAGCAGGAGGCAAGGUGCACAGAGGAUGGGAUUGGAGAAAGCCUUGGUUGGCCACGACCAAGGGAGAGGAUGUGCUUCGAAAGCUGCGAUUGGGAUUGGCUAAGGACCUGGCGGCGUUAUGGCUGGAGGAUGCUGAUGGAGUCGCUGUGUAUUAG